AUGUCUUUAUUUACUGGUUUAAAUAUUAAAUCAACUCAUGAAGGUGAGCAACGUCAAGAUGAUGAUGGCCAACAGACUAGGCAAGAAAGCCAUUUGUUGCAAUCAUCUUUCUCCUUUCUACGCCAAGCCACUAGCUCUGAUAAUGAAAGCGCCAUAAGUUUAACUCCGGAAAAGAAGAAUCCAUCCAGUCAUGUCAGAACAACUAAAAAGAAAUUCAGAAAGACAAAUAAGCUAAAACCUGGUCAUGCCCGACAAGAAGCUUUACAAGUCGCUGCCCAAUUUGAAGGGAUUCAACAACGAUCAGGUGAUGAUCACGAAAAUGCUACAAGAAGAAUGCCAACAAGUGAUAAAGCUAGUCUUCAGGGAUCCAAGGAAAUGGAGACAACUGAUAGUGAUAGCCAAAUUGAGUUAACGCCAACAAGUGCUAAAGUGAGUCUUCAAGGAUCCGAGCAAAGGGAGACAACUGAUAAUGAUAGCCAAAUUGAAUUAACGUCGCAGAAAAAUCCAGGCAAUGCUACUAUGAAUGUUAUUCAACUCUCUGAGGAAGAAAUAGCUCAAUCAAGUAGCAGCAGUAGUCAAGCCAUUGCAAAUGAAGAUUGCAGUAGUAAUGAUACAUCAAUACAAUCGGAUAUACAAACCAUGACGAUAAAAGAAAGUCAUAAUGAUUAUGGUGUGCAAUCGAUUAGCGAGUCAAGCUACUCGGAUGAUAGAAGCUUGGCUGGAAAGCUGCGUAUUCAAGACAAUGAUACAACCCAUUUAGCGGAUGAUGGGGAUAUUGAAAUUUUACUAGAGACAACCAAACAAAGUUCAACCUCUCAUAAUGAUCACGACCAAGAUACAAAGGACGAUGAUUCUAAUAAAGGUAUACUCGUAUACUGA